AUCGUUAAGCCACUUAAUGGUCUUUUUAUGAAUAAUGAAAAGACUGUUAAGUCACUUAACAGUCUUUUCAUGAUUCAUGAAAAGACCACCGUUAAGUUACUUAAUGGUCUUUUCAUGAAUUAUAAAAAGAUCAUUAAGUCACUUAACAGUCUUUUCAUUAUUCAUAAAAAGAUCGUUAAGUCACUUAACAGUCUUUUCAUGAUUCAUGAAAAGAUCAUUAAGUCACUUAAUGGUCUUUUCAUGAAUCAUGAAAAGAUCGUUAAGUCACUUAGCAUUCUUUUCAUGAAUCAUGAAAAGAUCAUUAAGUCACUUAACGGUCUUUUUAUGAAUCAUGAAAAG